CGAGCCCACGUGACUGAAGGGCACGAGAGACUGACCAAUCAGAGACGGAACUCCGCCUCUUUUGAGCUCGGGUCAUUUUCCUUUGCAGAGAUUCAUUUCUGCGCUGUAGUUUUUUGGUAAAUGUUUCUGUUUCAUUAAAACAUAACAAACAUCUCGUCUAAAUAUCGCAGCAUUCAAUUUUUGUGCGAACCUAUUUAAAUAGUAAAAAGAAAUCUACCAAACCUUAAACAUUAGUGUUUAUUCAUUGCUAUGCACAUUUCUUUUACGUCUCCGCCGUGACGUAAUGACGUAUUUCCGGCCUAGCGAAGGCGGAUGGAGGAAUAAUAGCGAGAAAAACAUACUACUGUUAAUAUGUGUAUCCGACCCUCCUCAGAUAUACGCCGAGUCUGAGCCGUGUCGAGCUUUAUUUCUGCAGAGCUUCACUGGGACUGAGAUGUAAACUACACCAGAUAUGAGACAGAACUUCAUGUGUAAAGCAGCUCUGCAGAAGACAGUCACUGGAGGAGCCUGAUCUGGGAACAGUGUUUAUAACAGUGACGGGUGUGUGUGUAUAUCAGCGAUGGCCGCGCCGUUUGUCCCAGUUCCGGUUCCGAUAGACCGAGCCCCGCAGAGAGCAGCCGUCUCAGUGCCGGACCGAAGCCAGAGUCCCGUGAUCCGGGCCAGUCUCAGCGGCUGCGAGCGAUCCGUGCAGUUCUCCAGCUCUCCUCAUCUAAACUCCAGCUCCCCGAACCCCGAGAGCGCAUCCGAGUGCCCGGAUCACUGGCAGGACCGGCCCAUCACACCCACGGUCCUGGGAUACGAGGUGAUGGAGGAGCGGGCCAAGUUCACGGUCUACAAGGUUCUGGUGAGGAAGACUCUGGACGAGAGCUGGGUCGUGUUCAGGCGCUACACUGACUUCUCCAGACUCAACGACAAGCUGAAGGAGAUGUUCCCCGGGUUCCGACUCGCUCUGCCUCCCAAACGCUGGUUCAAAGACAACUACGAGACGGACUUCCUGGAGGACCGUCAGCUGGGCCUGCAGGCCUUCCUCCAGAACCUCGUGGCCCAUAAAGACAUCGCCCACUGUGUGGCGGUUCGGGAGUUCUUGUGUCUGGAUGAACCGCCCGGCCCGUUCGACAGUCUCGAGGAGAGUCGGGCGUUCUGUGAGACUCUAGAGGAGAGCAACUACAGGCUUCAGAGGGAACUUCUUGAAAAGCAGCGAGAGAUAACCUGCUUGAAGAAAACACUGGAAGAGAAAGAGCGGCACAUUCAAACACUGGAAGGGCGAAUCAACGGUGCGGUCCUGACCCCCGAGAGCCCGUGUGUGUCGGGCAGUGACAGCAGUGUGGACGUGGAGUCUUCGGCGGCUGAGGCGGAUCAGGAGCUGCUGGAGGAAAAACAGUGUGCGCUGCAGUCGUCUCAGAGCUCAGUGUGUUGGUGUGGUCCUGCUGUCAUCAGCUCUUCUCCUCCUGUGAUCCAGGUCACUCCUCUAGAACACUAACAUCUCCUUCACUGUGAUCUGUGGAUGGAGGAGUCAGCUCAGCCCAAAGACACACACACACACACACACACACACACAGCCGGCAGGAUCGCUCAGACAAUCACACUGACACUCGGUCCGGCCGCGGCUGGAGGAGCACCUCAGGGUCACGUCUAGGUUUUGUUUAUUGUUUUUGAUGUGUAAAUGAGUGAGACUCACACACACGUGACUCUUCGGUUUGUCUCUGUGAUGACGAGACCCUCACACACACACACACAGACACACACACACACACGUGACUCUUCGGUCUGUCGAGCGGUUUUCACAUGACAUCACUCCACAGAUCACGUUCCUGCUCAUUCUGUGCAUUUCAGGUCAUAAUCGUAGUUAAAUGCUGCUAGUGUGUGUUUAGUUCACUGAAGCCAUAUUUCCCGCUGUGUGUGUGUGUGUGUGUGUGUGUGUAUGUGUGUGUGUGUGUGUGUUGAUCACAGCGAAACCUGAAGCUCCACAUCAUGCACUUUACAUCCUGAGGGAUUAUGGAAUAGAUGCUUCUACACUACUUGAUGAAAUGGUGUCCAAACACCACGGUAAAGCUGUGUGCCUGCCCACACACACACACACACACACACACCAUGAGUUUCACUGAUGACACAGUGCCUUCCGUCUUUUCCCUCAGCAGAAUUUUAUGUAUUUAUAUGACAAACUUUAGAAUGUGCUUCGCCGGGGUCGAAGGUAAAGGUGUUCUCGGUGAGCGAAGGCAUUCACUCUAUUAAACUCGCGAUCGUCUUUACGUUUACAGCAAUAUCACUAAUGUUUGUUUCGUUUAAUCCGUUUCCAGCUCUCGUGUUUAUUGAGCUGAUUGUUCUACCGCUCUUAUGCAAAUAUGCUAAUGAUGUUCAGAGGAAGUGGAUGAACUGAGAAAUAUUUUCGGUGGUGGAUUUUUUUCAAUGUUCUGAUCUUUAGAAAUGUAAUAAAAGCUUCUCUGGGAAACAAGUGGAAAUAUGAGGUGAAGUCUGUUUAUAGUUGAUAUAGUCUGUAUUUAGUAGUCUUCACUGUUUUCUGUUCAAUGAUCAUCGAUCUAAAACUGAGCUGUGAAAUCAGACAAAACAUUUCAUUCAAUUUCACAAUAAACUUCCAUUAUAAAUACUA